AUGGAUUCUUCAGAUGAUGAGGGAACAACUCUUCUAAACGUCAUAUCAGACUACUAUUUCGUGGGUGCGGAAGAUGAACCCCUUUCAUUUACAGAGUUACCUGUCCAAUGGGUUGAGAGUGAGAGUUUAGAUGACAACAAUAGCCAGAUUUUUCUGAGGGGUACUGCUGAUAAUGGUCUUCAAAAGCUAUAUAGGCCGGUGAAGGCUUGGAAAUGUGAUCUUUCCAAAGUAAAGCCAGAGAUAUCAGCACUUUCUAGAGAUAACAAUUGGAUCAAGCUUCUAAAACCCAGGAAGAGUUUUGAAGACAUGAUAAGGACAAUCUUGAUCACUGUGCAUUGUCUUCAUUUCUUUAAAAGAAAACCUGAAGCAUCUGGCAAAUCUCUUUGGGACCAUCUGUGUAAAGUUUUCAGCUUGUAUGACAUUAGGCCUUCAGAGAACGAUCUGGUAGAUCAUCUCAGCUUCAUCAGCGAAGCUGUGAAAAGGGACAAAACAUUACGAAAAUCCGAGUUUUUGGCUUCAUUUCUGGAGAAGAAACCUGGAAAGAGGAAAGCUCUUGAUGAGAAUGCUGAAGUUACUAUGAAACCCAGCUUUAUAGUUGAUGAUAUGAACGGUGAAUGUGGGGAUGAGGAACUCACCAUAAAAGCCAUCAAAGAGUGCGAGUCUGAUGAUGAGGGCGAUGGUUUUGAAACAGUUUGUGCAAUCUGUGAUGAUGGCGGUGAUCUUACCUGUUGUGAAGGGAAAUGUUUAAGGGCAUUUCAUGCAACCAUAGAAUCUGCAGAGUCCAAAUGUGAAUCUCUAGGCCUACGUGCUGAAAUAGUGCAGAGAUCACGACGUUAUUUUUGCCCAAACUGCUCUCAUAAACAACACCAGUGCUUUGUUUGCGGUGAAUUGGGGUCUUCUGAUAAAUCUUCUGUUGCAGAGGUUUUUUGCUGUAGUUCUGCAACUUGUGGCCAUUUUUAUCACCCAAAGUGUGUUGCAAAGCUGCUUCAUGAGGAAGGUGAUGCUGCAGCACAGGAACUUCAAGAAAAGAUUGCUGCUGGUGAGCCAUUUACAUGUCCUGCCCACAAAUGCCAUAAAUGUAAAAAGGGAGAGCAUGAGAAGGUGGAAGCCUUGCAAUUUGCUAUUUGCAGGCGAUGCCCGAGGUCAUACCACAGAAAAUGCUUGCCUAGCCAGAUUGUUUUUUGGAAUGAAGAUAAUGACGAAGACGUUAUAGCCAGGGCUUGGAACGGCCUUUUGCCUAAGUCACGUGCAUUACUAUAUUGUUUAAAACAUAAGAUAGACGCUGAACUUGGCACUCCGUUAAGGAACUUAAAAUUUCCAGAUAUUGGCCAUAGCAAGAAGCAACCAGUAGAAUCGUUAAUAAGAAAAAAGGAAGUUGCGGAUUCAGAUUACACAUCUGAAAAGGGGUCUUUUUCAAAGUCUCAGAAGACAAGAGUUGGGAAGUUCUCUUCAGCUGUUAGACCAGUAGAUUCUUCCAAAAAGAGAGUGAAAAUGUCAUCUGGGUCAGAACCCAUGAAGAGACAGAGAGUAAUGGACAACUCUAAGAAGCUUUUAGAGAAGAAUUUAUCAAUGAAAUCUGGCAGGCCCAACUUGGAUGAUGACAACCCUUCCUUGGGGAGUAGAUUGGAUGAUUAUAUUAUGAAUGAAAAUGAACCAAGCAAUUCUAAGAAGGAUCACAUUUCAGUUGAUAAAGAGGAGCAGACCCCAAGAGCCACACCUCUGCAGACUGAAAACAGAAUACUGGCAUUGAUGAAAGAUGCUGCUUCCUCUAUUUCGCUGGAUAAGGUAAUAAAGCGUCAUUUGGAGAACUUACCAUCGACACAUGCAAAUUUAUCCAAUGUGGACAGAUCCAUUAUCUUGGCUAGGGUGGAAGGCUCUGUGGAGGCUGUUCAUUUAGCUUUGAGAAAACUAGACGGAGGAUGUAGUAUUGAGGAUGCAAUAGCUGUUUGUGAGCCUAGUGUUCUUCACCAACUAAUGAGGUGGAAGGAUAAGCUCAGAGUGUAUCUGGCACCUUUUCUAUAUGGAAUGCGAUAUACGUCCUUUGGUCGCCAUUUUACAAAACCGGAAAACUUGGAAGAGAUUGUCGACAGACUUUGUUGGUAUGUUGAAAAUGGUGAUACGAUAGUCGAUUUUUGCUGUGGAGCAAAUGAUUUCAGUUGUCUCAUGAAAAAGCGGCUUGAUGAGAUGGGGAAAAGUUGCUUCUAUAGAAAUUUUGACAUUAGCCGACCAAAGAAUGAUUUUUGCUUUGAGAAGAGGGAUUGGAUGAAGGUUCUUCCAAAGGAAUUGCCCGAUGGAUCAAAAUUGAUCAUGGGACUAAACCCUCCAUUUGGAAAGAAUGCAUCUCUUGCAAACCGUUUUAUAGACCAGGCGCUUCGGUUUAAGCCCAAGCUUGUCAUUCUUAUUGUUCCCACAGAGACUAAAAGGUUAGAUCGUCGUGAAAAGAUAAGAACUUCGUAUGAUCUGGUUUGGGAGGAUGCCAAUUUACUAGCUGGGAAGUCUUUUUAUUUCCCUGGAUCUGUUGAUGCCAAUGAUAAACAAGUGGAUCAAUGGAACAACACUGCACCACCGCUCUAUCUUUGGAGUCGUUCAGAUUGGACUAGUAAGUAUAUAGCCAUCGCUCAGCAGCAUGGCCAUGUAUCCAAGGAACCCGAAGCAAACGUUCAUGCCUUGGAUUUGCAUGCGGAAAACCACGAGUUAAAUGGUGAAGUUUCCAUGCCGCUUGAUAAUGAUAUGAACUUGGCUAAAGAUGGUAAACCGCUGAGCCAGGGAAUGCAUGAAUCUUAUUCACAUUACAACAUUGCCGCCAAGGACCCUUUUGUAGGUGCAGCAUACGGGCGGCCAGACGGCGGUAGUUUUGUGAGUCCUGAUGGUAGAAUCAGAAAACCGGAUGCGAUCCAAUUUUCUGGGCAUGAAAGGGAUGGUUACAAUAGACAGGCUUGUAUUGAGGAUAUCAGAAAAUAUGGAAUGGAUCCUUCUUCAAGUCAAAGACCAGGUUUUUCGAGUGGAUACAAGUUGAGCCCCACAAGGAUGAACAAUAUGCGGGGGCCUGGACCUGGGGUGCGUAUGGACUCCUCCAGUUUUGCCCCUGGCCCGCCCCACCCUUUUCUACAGCAAAGCUCAUCGGGCGGGUGGCUGAAUGAGUGA